GCCGGGACUGGGCAUGGCGAGCGCCCCGGGACCAGCCUCACUGGGGGUCGACAGUGGGGACGGGAGGCCCAGGUGGGACAACAAGCUGCAGUACCUGCUGAGCUGCGUGGGGUUUGCCGUGGGCCUGGGCAAUAUCUGGAGGUUCCCGUACUUGUGCCAGAGCCACGGUGGAGGGGCCUUCCUCAUCCCCUACCUCAUGGCCUUGGCCUUCGAGGGGAUCCCGCUGUUCCACAUCGAGCUCGCCAUCGGCCAGCGGCUGCGCAGAGGCAGCGUCGGGGUGUGGAUGGCCAUCUCGCCCUACCUGGGCGGAGUUGGGCUGGGCUGCCUGUCCGUGUCCUUCCUGGUCAGCCUCUACUACAACACCGUGCUGGCCUGGGUGCUCUGGUACCUGCUCAACUCCUUCCAGCACCCGCUGCCCUGGAGCGUCUGCCCGCCCAACGACAACCGCACAGGGCUGGUUCAGGAGUGCCAGGGCAGCAGUUCCGUGAGCUACUUCUGGUACCGGCAGACGCUGAACAUCUCAGCGGACAUCGACCACAGCGGCUCUGUCCAGUGGCGGCUGCUGCUCUGCUUGGCGGCCUGCUGGGCGGUGCUGUACCUGUGCAUCAUCAGAGGCAUCGAGUCUGUGGGGAAGGCCAUUUACUUCACAGCCUUGUUCCCCUACCUGGUCCUGACGGUGUUCCUGGUCAGAGGACUCACGCUUCCUGGGGCGGUCGAGGGGCUGGCCUACCUGUUCACCCCCAGCAUGCAGACUCUCCAGAGCCCCCGCGUGUGGCUGGACGCAGCCACCCAGAUAUUCUUCUCCCUGUCCCUGGCCUUCGGAGGACACAUCGCGUUUGCCAGCUACAACGCGCUCAGGAACGACUGCAGGAAGGACGCGGUGACCAUCGCCCUGGUCAACAGCAUGACCUCCCUCUACGCGGCCAUUGUCGUCUUCUCCGUGCUGGGCUUCAAGGCGGCCCAGGACCACGGGCGCUGCCUGGACGGAAACAUCCUUCGCCUCAUCAACGAGUUCGAGCUCCCUGACCAGAGCGUCUCCAGGGACAACUACACCGCCGUGCUCGUGCGCCUGAACGCCACGCGGCCCGCCAGGGUGGCCGGUCUGCGCCUGCAGGUCUGCCGCCUGCAGGACUUCCUGGACAAGAGCGCCUCGGGCCCCGGCCUGGCCUUCAUCGCCUUCGCGGAGGCCGUCCUGCACAUGCCGGGGGCGCCCGCGUGGGCCGUGCUGUUCUUCGCGAUGCUGUUCUCCCUGGGGCUGUCGUCCAUGUUCGGGAACAUGGAGAGCAUCAUUGCGCCCCUCCUGGAUAUGGGGGUCCUGCCCAGAUCGGUCCCCAAGGAGGUCCUGACCGGGGCGGUCUGCCUGGUCUGCUUCUCGUUGGCCACCUGCUUCUCGCUGCAGUCUGGGAGCUACUGGCUCGAGGUUUUCGACAACCACUUGGCUGCCCUGAACCUCAUCCUCUUCGCCUUCUUCGAGGUGGUCAGCGUCGCCUACGUCUACGGGCUGGAGCGGUUCUGUGAUGACGUAGCAUGGAUGACGGGAAGGCGGCCUGGCCUCUACUGGCGGGUGACCUGGAAGGUCAUCAGCCCCCUGAUGCUGCUGACCGUCUUGGUGGUCUACAUUGCUCUCCUGGUCCGCGCGCCACCCAGCUAUAGGACCUGGGACCCCCAAUACGAGCACUUCCCCGUGCGGCCAGAGAAGCUGUUCCCCGCCUGGGUGCAGGCCGUGCGCAUAGUACUGACUGUCCUGCCCGCGCUCUGUGUCCCCGGGGCCGCGCUGGUCCAGCUGCUCGUCACUCGGCGUAGACAGAAGCAGGACGUGUGGCAGGGCACACGCCUGAAGCUGCAGGACAGCAGGGCCUGCUGAGGGCGGGCAGGGAGCGGGGAGGGCUGGGCCUGUGCGCCCUCCCGUGCG